AUGCGUCAAAGGAAGUCCGACAAGAAUGACAAUGCACCGCUUGCGGACGAUAAUAAUCGUAUUCCCCUGCCUCUCCGAACCGUGGAAGCCUACGAAGACUUCACGCGAAGGCUUGCUGUUGACGACGAUGUCUUCACGCGCACGAUUGAUAUUCUCAAUGCUCCCGAGACGCAUAAUGAACAUCGGAAGAAGGAAUCACUCCAGCCAAAAGCUCCUACCUUUGUAGAUUUCGUCCCCUAG